GUUAUUGUGGUCAAACAAUCAUUGUUGUUCGUUGUCUUGUAAUCAGCUGUGUGCUUCUGUGGUAUUUUGUAUUGUUAAGCUUUAUCAAUCCGUCUCGUCGGAAAUGGGAAUGAGGGAUAGAAGUUAUUGUGGGUGUGUGUUUUAGUAGCCUCUGGACGAUCGCAACGAUAAAAAGAAACCAUGUUCAGCGAUUGCGUCUCGUUAUUUUUGCUCUUGAUAUUACCAUUUACUGGAAUUGCCGAACGUCUAAAUGAGUACAUCAGCCACUACGAAACGCUCAACUACAACACCAAAGAGGUGCAUCAGGCCCACGCGAGGGCCAGGCGCUCCAUAUCCGAGGACAGUCUCGUCCAAGUUUCGUUCAACGCUCACGGACACGAGUUUCGAUUACGGAUGAAACGAGAUCUGGACGUUUUCCACGACAGGCUGGAGGUGCACGGGCCGGAGGGCCUGCUCGAUGUCGAUACCUCGCAUAUCUACGAAGGAUAUGUGUUAGGUGUACCAAAGAGCUCGGCCUUCGGAUCGAUCAUCGAUGGUGUGUUUGAAGGGAAAAUAAUAAUGCCAAAGAAGGGUGCUUUCUACGUGGAAAAGGCCCAUCAUUAUUUUCCUCAUGCUGUUUAUCCCAACAAAACGUUUCACAGUGUGAUUUACCACGAAGAUCACGUCGAGGAUCCUUACGCUAGGAAUAGAACUGGGCAUUCGUCUGGUUGUGGAAUAAACGACGACACUAUACAAUGGAUGAAUAAAAUUCAGUAUUCAGGCGAGGAAGAUCAGCCUAUUACACCAGUUGUGCAGCAAACUUCGAACAAUAAUGAUAAUAAACCACUACAUAACGAAAUAAACAUAGAAGACGCCUUUAACAAAUACUCAAAAGAACAAAAUGUAAGACACAAAAGAUUCGCUAGAAGGGAGGAUAACCGAAACACGUGCUCUCUUUACAUCCAAACGGAUCCACUGAUUUGGAAGCAUAUCAGGGAAAGUUUUCCUGAGCAUUUGGAUCCAAAGAAACAAACUGAAGUUAACGAAAAGACUAGAGAAGAGAUACUCUCUUUAAUUGCUCAUCACGUCACUGCCGUUAAUUAUAUUUACCGAGACACCAAAUUCGAUGGAAGGAACAUCCACAGGAACAUUAAAUUCGAAGUUCAAAGAAUAAAAAUCGACGACGAUUCGUCUUGCAACUGCUACAACAAAGUGUGCAGCGAAAAGAACCAGUUCUGCAUGGAGAACAUAGACGUCAGCAACUUUUUGAACAUCCACUCGUUGGGCAACCACGAGGACUUUUGCCUGGCCUACGUCUUCACCUACAGGGACUUCACCGGCGGCACGUUGGGCUUGGCUUGGGUGGCCAGCGCCUCCGGCGCUUCGGGCGGCAUCUGCGAGAAAUACAAAACGUACACGGAAACCGUCGGAGGGAUGUACCAAUCGACCAAGAGAUCAUUGAACACCGGCAUCAUUACGUUCGUGAAUUACAACAGCAGAGUGCCGCCCAAAGUGUCCCAGUUGACUUUGGCUCACGAAAUUGGACACAAUUUCGGUUCGCCGCACGAUUACCCGCCCGAGUGCCGUCCGGGCGGCCCGAACGGCAACUACAUCAUGUUCGCGUCGGCGACGAGCGGCGACCGGCCGAACAACAGCAAAUUCUCGACGUGCAGCGUCGGCAACAUCAGCAACGUCCUCGACGCCAUCGUCGAGAAGAAGAAACGGAACUGCUUCACGACGUCGGCGGGCGCCUUCUGCGGCAACAAGAUCGUCGAGGCGGGCGAGGAGUGCGACUGCGGCUACGACGACAAGGAGUGCAAGGAGCAGUGCUGCUAUCCGCGCGUGAUCAGCCACAGGGACAGGGAUUGGAACCGAUCGGCGACGGGAUGUACGCGUCGGAACGCCACCGAAUGCAGUCCGAGCCAAGGGCCUUGUUGCAACAGCGAGUGCCACUUCAUACCGACCUACCAGCAGGAAGUGUGCAAGAUGGAAUCGGACUGUUCGCGAUCGUCGAAGUGCAACGGCAGCAGCGCCGAAUGUCCGGCGCCGGUGCCGCGCGACGACAAGACGCGCUGCAACAACGGCACGCAGCUGUGCCUGAAAGGCGAGUGCUCGGGCUCGAUAUGCCUGGAGUGGAACUUGGAGGCUUGUUCGCUCACCACGCAGGACCAUCCGAACAUCGACAAACGGAAAUUGUGCGAAUUGGCCUGCCAGAACGGCACGGACGUGUGCCGGAGCACCAGCGAGUUUUCGGAUAAGGUGGGAUUGCCGCCGGGAGGGAUCAGCUUGCGACCGGGUUCUCCGUGCGACAAUUUCCAAGGUUACUGCGACGUGUUUCUCAAAUGUAGAGCGGUGGACGCGGACGGGCCGCUCGUCAGGCUCAUGAAUUUACUCUUGAACAAAGACACUUUAAUCACCGUGGCUCAAUGGAUAACGGAGUACUGGUGGGCCGUUCUUUUGAUGGGCAUCGCCUUCAUCAUAUUUAUGGGAUUGUUUAUCAAAUGUUGCGCCGUUCACACGCCAUCGUCGAACCCGAAGAUGAAGAAAGCUCAACGAAUCGGAGAUACUCUACGGAGACCUAUGAACACUUUGAGGAGAAUGAGAUACCAUCACGGCGCGCCGCAUCCUGCGGGAGCGAGCGGACCGUCCGGCAGGAGUCGAAGGGAACCGCCCAGCAGUAGAUCGUCGACCAGCCAAGGCGGGCCUCGUCCGGGUUACGGGGAAGGUAGGGGGCACUAUCACGCUCCUAAAGAGUAUUCUCCACUAGCGACAGCGCCGCCGGCGUCGAACUACAACCGGCCGGAAUUGUACGCGGGUGCCUACGAGAUGAGAAACAAAGUCUGACAAGAUGAAGGACGAGCGGGGGAGGGCCUGCCGCCCCCCGAUUAUCCCGGCACGCCGCUGGCCGACGUAUCGUCGUCGUAUCGGCUGGCCCGCCGGGACGAUAGGAACGAUAAACGUUUGGACGAAAGUGAUUCGGGUUCGAAUUUGUAGUCGGUUGGAAAUUUGAAUAAUCGAUUCGUCGAGAAGCACUUGUGAUUACUAAAAUAACCGGUUCGAAGUACAGGCGAAAUGGGCGGGUUUUUGACGAUGGGAUUCUUACUUAAAUUAGUUGCGUUGUUAUAUUUGGAAAUGGGCCAGCCUAUUGUUUUUAUUACUUGUUUAGCGGGCGGUUCGUUUGGACUAAUUUUGCGUAAACCAACUGAUUUUAAGUAAGGAUAGGUUUGUUUUGUUCCAAGUUUUCUGGAGUUUAUUUUUUUUUUGGUUUCAGAAUAGCUCGGAACUUUGAUGUUUACUAGUUUGAACUUUUUUGUGAUUUGUACAGAUUAAAUUUAAAAUUUUAUUGUCUCGAAUUUAAUUCUGUAGAUGCCCGAGUUCAAAUUAGCAUCGAUUCUUUUACAUACCUUUUUGUCAAAUAAUAUUAAUAUUUCGUUUGUAUAAAUUCUCUGUGAGUAUGCGACAAUUCCAUUAAAACGCAGAUUAAAAAAAUAAAUCGUAAUGUAAGAUGUAAGAAUGUAUUUUUGAUUAUUACGAAUAUCUAUAUAAGCUUAACAAAAGUAUCUGUGUUUUAAUGUUCUCAAUUUUCGAAUGUAGUUUUUGUUGAUAGUAAUUACGAUGAAAAAAUUAAGCUUGUAUUUGAGGAAAAUUUAAAAACAAUCGGGCGGUCUUCUGGAAAUCAAAUAAAAUUUUCGCUUUUGUUUUGUGAACGCGAAAGACCGCCCGGCUAGAUAAUAAGUAAAUUUGACUACGAACGUAAGUUCUUUGUUAUUUUAGUGAAUUUCAGGUACACUUCUCACUUACUUUUUUUUAAUAGUUUAUCCUACACGAUUUUUUGUAAAAAGAAAAAGUAUAUUUCGGCCAAUGUGCUCUGUGAUUGAACGUACACGGAACUUUCCAAAAAGUGCGUGUGAAAACUUAAAUGUAAAUUUAAGGAACAAAAUAUAAAAUAAAACGGGUGCAUUUAUAUAUUAGUAGUCACUGUUAAAUAUUUUAAAAGUUGCGAUUUUCCUUCUGUACGGUUCCAGCGCUACAUGAUACUUUACUCUUAUGACAAAAACAUGUAAUAGUGAACUAUUGGCAACUACCUUUUUUU